GUUGACUGCCAUAGAGGAGAGGGAGAACUCCUACAACACCAAGCUGAAAGACUUGACAGGAAAGCUCUCGGAGAUGCAAGAGAAGUACAACCAGGAGAAGUUGGAGGGGGAACGUCACAAGCAGGAGAAAGAGAAACUGAAAGUGCAGAUGGAGUCUGUGCAGCAGAGAAUGGAGACAGGCUUUGUCGCCAGUGAAAAACACAAGGAGGRGGAAGAUGAGUACAGGGGUAAAAUGGAGGAGCUGACGCUGAGGUUGGUGGACCUGGAGCAGCAGUACAAAGACGUGACUGUGCAGAGGGCCGAGCUGGAGGAGCAGAACGCCCUGUGUAACACUGACAUCCAGAGCCUGCAACAGCGCCUGGAAUCCGAGUCGGCCCGGCUGGAACACUAUGAGGCCGAGCACCGAGCCCUGAGGGGCACCAUCCAGCAAGCCCAGGACGAGUGCCAGAAAGCCAGGGAGGCCCAGCGUGGGGAGGCCCAGAGGGCRUGCGCCUUGGAGAAGGAGCUCCAGGGAUGCUCCGGGGACCAGGCCGUCCUCCUGCAGCAGCAUGCUCAGGCCAAGGAGGCCCUGGAGGGGCAGGUGGCCCAGCUACUCGCUUCCCUUCGCCAGGAGCAGGAGACCAGCGCCCAGAGGGCCCAGAACGUGGCAGCCCUGCAGUCAGAGAUGCUCCGGGCCACCCAGGCCCUGGAGGAACUCGGAGGAAGAGAGGACCAGUUGAGCCAGGUGAAAGCAGAGAAGCAACGUCUGCAGGAAGAGACGGCGGCGUUGGGGGAGAGGCUWUCUGGGCUGGCGGAGCAGUGCGAGGUGCUCCAUCGUGAGGUGGCCCAGGCCAGGGAGGACGAGAGCAGGGCCAGGGAGGACAAGGCCAGGGCCAGGGUGGAAACUGAGGCCCUGCAGGAGAAGAGCAACACCAUGGAUAAGGAGAUCCGGGAGCUGAAGGAGAGGUACGAGGAGUCGCUCAGCACCAUCGGGGAGUUCCAGAGGAGGAUCCAGAUGUCGGCCGAGCAGACCGAGGUCAAAGACAAGAAGAUCAGCGAGUUGUUGACGGACGUGGAGAGACUGAAGCAGGCCCUCAACGGUCUGUCCCAGCUGGCCUACGCUGGCAACGCUGCACCCAAUAAGAGACAGAUGCGACACAUCGACACACUCCAGGCCCAGAUCAAGAGCCUGCAGCAGCAGCUGGCUGAUGCUGAGAGUCAACACAGAGAGGUGGUUUCAAUUAUAGAACUCAUCUCCUCAGUGCAGCUCAGGAGUUGUGUCUCUUUAGUCAUUCUAGUAAAGUAA